AUGAGGUACUUCCUAACUUACCUGCUGGUGUUGCUGCUGUUGGCUGUGCUACCGAUAUUUUCUAUGUACUAUCUUCUAAAUGGAAAGGGUGAGCAAAUAAGCUUCGGAUGGUUCUUGGAAAAUACGUCCCCCUACAUGUGGGCAACGUUGGGCAUAGCUUUCGCCGUCGCCUUUUCUGUUGUUGGAGCUGCUAUGGGUAUCCACACGACCGGUGUGAGCAUAGUUGGAGGUGGUGUCAAAGCGCCCAGAAUCAAGACCAAGAACUUGAUCUCCGUCAUCUUCUGCGAGGCCGUCGCUAUUUACGGGUUGAUCACUGCCAUCGUGUUAUCUGGAAUGCUGGAGAAGUACACAGAGCCCCUGAUUGAUGCCAAUAUUAAGAACCAGAACUUUAUGGCUGGUUAUGUCAUGUUCGGUGCUGGACUCGCCGUGGGUCUCGUCAACCUGUUUUGUGGUAUCGCCGUCGGCAUCGUAGGUUCAGGAGCUGCCCUGGCUGAUGCUGCUAAUGCUGCCCUGUCAAAAUGGGCAACCAGUAAUUUAAGAAUAGUUAAAAACUUGAAUUUAAGUUGUACAACAGCACUGGAUGUUACAGCCUUGACCUAA